GCAGGGCGAUGUUAAAAGGUUACGAAGAAGUUGGUUUAUUGGAAGUGCUAUUAAGUCAAUGAAUAUGUAAGAUAUGAAGGUUAUGUAUCAUUUAAAGAGGAAAGAUUUUCGCAUAUGGUUUUGAAUUCGUCAUGAACAAAGUCACCCCCGCAAUUGUGCUUCUUUCUGCGUAUUUAAGAGUAGCAAAAGUCGCUGCAUCGUGUUCUACCGGUUGGACGCUCAACAGUGGCAAUGGCCUUUGUUAUAAGUUUUUCACGACUUUGAAGAAUCACAACGACGCCAUUAACUACUGCUACACUUUAGACGCCCUACUGGCAACACCAAAAGAUCUAGGUGAAGUCGAUUUUAUCGCAAACAACGUGAUCAGUGCAUAUGGUCAGUAUGCAUGGAUGGGACUUGUUAAGAGAACAGAUGUAGAGUCUUGGAAGUUUUUUGAUGGGUUUACAUUUGAUUCAGGACAAGCGUCAUGGAAUUUAUGGAGAGCAGGUUUUCCGUCAGCUGGUCAGAGAUGUGGACAUUUAAAAGGCGAAGACAUGAAUUAUAAAUUUCAAACAUCGCCUUGUGAAUAUGACUAUAAAUUUGUAUGUCAGAAAAAAACAACCGCCCAUGUUUGUCCAACAACUUGGUUUCGAUCGCCAUUUGGAUCAAUCUGUUACAAACAAUAUGGAUUGUCAUCUACCUUUCAAGAGACAGUGAAUUUGUGCAAUGACGAUGGGACAGACAUUCUGAUGCCCCGACACUCGGGGGAAGACAUGUUUCUCAGCUGGUAUUUCUCUCAAAACCACCAAUAUGAGAAAGUGUGGAUCGGCUAUCAAGAACAGAAUAAUGUUUUUUCGUGGCAGUCUGGUGCUGAAACAACAUUCACCAGCUGGGAAGACGGAGAACCAGAUUCUAUCGAAGAUUGUGCAGCGUAUGCUUUAUCAGCUGGAAACUCUUACCAUAAAUGGUUCGGACUGCAGUGCUCACAACCUGCUGCGGGAUACUGUCAGGACACUAACUUCUAUACAUGGGUUGCCUCCACUACCCAUGAAAGCACAACAUACGAAAUUACUACGGUGGUAACUACGAAAGUAACGACGGGCGUUACAACGGAAGUUACAACAGAGGCUACAACGGAAGUUACAACAGAGGCUACAACGGAAGUUACAACAGAGGCUACAACGGAAGUUACAACAGUAGUUACGGCUGAAGUAACUUCACCCUCUGUCAUAACUGAGACAACACCAGCCACCUCCUCCUCAUUUCAAACAACGUCAAGCUCAAACAUUAUAACAACUACCGUUUCUGGAUCCUUAAACAACACUUGUGCUUGUUUUUGUCUUAAAAACCAUACGAACAUCACGGCAGAAGAACUGGAGGAGAAAAUAUUACAAAUCAAGAACAACUUGACCGUUGAUGCAAAGUCAUUAACGUCUGCUAUUCGACUACUGACCAGCGCCUACGAUCCUCGGGCCUCGUCACAGAGCAUAGGGAGUGUGGGGAUAGCAGUCCUUGUAUCCAUCGGUUGUUUCUUGCUGGUGCUCGAUUGUGUUCCUACAAAUGGUUGCAUAGGGAAAAAGAAGACAUUUAAUGUAAACUGACAACAAUUUAGUUCGUGGUGUAUAACCGUGAUCCACGAACGUAUAUUUUACAUCAAGAGUUAAUACAAAUGUCAAACAACUCUUAAAGGCAUUAUUGGACAACUUUGUUGUCUUUAUAGCUUUGUAACCAUUGCAAUGAUAACUUAAGUUAUUCAGUAUUCUUUCUUUAAGCAUAAAUUAUCAUGUAAUUUUCAUGGGGAAAAUGUC